AUGGCUAUGCAAGAGCACCUGCGAAUAAAGGAACGUCACCGCUGUUCAAUAACAGCUCUUGGCUACCAUUCAGCUCGACGGGAAUGUCUCACUGGAUUUGAAGAUGGAGUGAUCAAAUGGUGGGACAUGGAGAGUGGGCACAUGACCUUGUGCACCAAAGAACAUGCUGGCUGGGUCACCCACUUCCUUUCCUGGAUUCAGGCACGGCUCCUCUUCUCUGCCUCCAAUGACAGCUCUGUGCUGGUUUGGGCUCCAGGUGGUACAGUGCUUGACCGUAUUCUGUUGGGCUAUCCCAUCUUCACCUUGGCAAUCAGCCUGGCUCGGCAUCUCCUUCUUUGUGGGAGCAAAGGACGCCUGAUGGUUUUCCCCUUGGAUGAAAAAAGAGAAUCUGGGCACAUAGUCAACAUAACCCAAAGCUUUUCUGAAUGGACCCACAAAGACAUUGUGUCCUGCAUCACCUGCCUUGAUAACCAUAUUUAUACCGCUGGGUAUGACAAAAAACUACUGAUCUUUGACACUUACCAGACCCCAGGCAGAAAAGGCCUGACAAAGAAGCAGUGCAUCUCACGUGCCCAUAAUGCAGCCAUCACCCAUUUGAUUCUGGUGCGCCAGCAAGAAACCACAAGGUACAAGCUAGAUGAAGGACUUGGCUCCUUUGACCAGACGGUUGGCAUCUGGUCCCAGGAUGGCAAGUUGAUCCAGCGCCUCGGCCCCUUCAUCAGUAACAUAACUGGACUGUGCUAUGUAGCACCUAUUGGCGUUAUUUGGAUUACGAAUGGCACUUCCCAGCCCACCCUUUAUGAGCCGCAGUCUGGAGAAAUAGGCAAUCAGAAGGACGAGCUGGUUCUCCAGCAGCUCCUCAGCCUGCCAGACUCAAAGCAUGUGAUUGCCUAA